AUGCCGGUCCGGAGACGCCUAAGCAGGGGCAUUCUUGGUGUUCUCUACGCUGCUCAAUUCAUACAAGCCCUCCAAAUACUUGAGUCGACUGCCCUCGUUCCAUGCUCCGAUGAUAGUGUUAUCAACACCAACUUGUUUAAGAUGGCGUUGACACCUGGGAAUAACAGUGUUAUGAUCGAGUUUGACGGCGAGAUUACCUUCUCGGGGAUGGUCAUGUUGGAUGUUGACGUGCUGGCCUACGGGUACAGCUUCCUGACCAUGCGAAUAGAUCUAUGCGACUAUGAUUUGUCUGGAUUCUGUCCCAUGAUAUCACAAAACCUGACAGUGCCGUCUGCAGUUUUGACCUUGUCGGAUGAUAUUAUAUCAGGAAUUCCCGGUAUCGCCUAUACCUUCCCUGAUCUCGAUGCCGUUGUUAGAGUCAACAUGAUAUCCAACUCGACGAAUACAAGCGUCACUUGUGUUGAGGCCAGUGUGGUCAACAGCAGUACAGUCUACCAAGCCGCGGUUGGCUGGACACUUGCCGUUAUCACCGGACUGGGCCUCUUUGCGAGCAUAAUCCUCUCAGUGCUUGGCUAUCUCAGCAUCUCAACCCAGAUUUCAUUCCGCACAGCCCUACUUCUGAGCUUCAUGCAAAGUCAAGCGAUGGUUGGCCUCACCGCGAUGGAGUUCAAGCCAAUGAUCCAAAAUUGGACACAAGACUUCCAAUGGACCAUGAGUAUAGUGCAUACAGACUUUCUGGACACAAUCACCACGUGGUUCCAGCGGUCCACAGGAGGAACACCUUCAACUUUACGUUCUGAAGCUGGUACUAUUUCGAUCGGCCUCCUGAAACGUUCAGAUGAAGUGCUGGUAGGGAGAAGCAUGUCAGCAUCGGCUAGUGGAGCAGAGGUGCUCCUCCGUGGCAUCAUUCGCAUGGGAUACCGUGCAGGCCUGGAGUCCACCAACAUCUUUAUGACCGGACAUCUGGUCUUUCAUUUUAUUGCCAUUGUUAUGCUCCUGGCUCUCAUCGCUCUCAAGUUCGGUCUGUCUGCAUUUCUGAAGAAGACCCAGGGCAAACGGUCCGGCUAUAGCUUGGCUCCCCUGGCUGACUGGCAGCAAUUUAUGCGAGGCGGCCUUGGCCGAAUUGCGUAUCUGGGUUACCCGCAAAUAUGUGUGUUUGGCAUGUGGGAAAUAUAUCAGCAGGACUCGGCGGCCGAGAUCCUGCUUGCGAUUACGCUAUGGCUCGCCACGACUGUGAUUCUUGGUCAUGCAACUUUCAGGGUGCUCCAACAUGCACGCGCAACGAAAGGGUUAAAUGAAACUUUGGCAUGCUCGCUCCAUUUUGAUUCACGCUGCAUGGCACAGUGGGGCUACCUGUAUGCCCAUUACAGGGCCCACGCAUUCUACUUCAUCAUCCCGCUGCUACUGUACACAUUCUUAAAAGGUAUCACUAUUGCAUUCGCCCAACAAAACCCUCUAGCGCAGGCUAUAGUUCUUCUCAUCUUGGAGGCUGGAUUUCUGAUUGGUACUGCAAUUGUCCGGCCGUAUGUAGAUAAGAAGGCCAAUGCCUUCGCCAUCGCUGCGGCCGCCAUCAAUCUUGCCAAUGCCAUCUUCUGCCUGAUCUUUACCAAUAUCUUUGAUCAGCCGGAUCUCAUGACUGGCAUUGUGGCCCUCCUCUUCUUCUUCCUCAAUGCGAUAUUUACCCUCGUCCUCGUGAUCUUCCUACUCAUAGGCCUUUUCUACGCCUGUCGGCUUAAGGAUCCAACUGCGGAUAGCUGGCGUUCCUAUCAUAACCGUAUCUCCUUGCAAUCUAUGAGGCGGUUGCUUCGACGCGAAAGCCGACAGACACUUGAGCUAGUUCCCCUCACAGAAGGGACCACAUCUACAAAGUCCCACCGCCAGCAGCGCCCGAAUUCACCUUCAAGUUAG